AAAGAACUCAAAGCCUCAGAGUGUUUAGUUUGAGUGAGUCCAUCCAUCCAUCGUCAACCGCUUAUCCUGCGUACAGGGUCGCAGGGGGCUGGAGCCUAUCCCAGCUGACAUCGGGCGAAAGGCGGGGUACACCCUGGACAGGUCGCCAGUUGGUUUGAGUGAGUAGGCUACAUAUUACAUUUAGUCAAGAUGGACAGCAGUGUAACAAGUGAACAGAGCAAUAACUCCAGACAACAGAUAAGCAAUAUGACACAACAGGAGAAGUGUUACGACCCUCGAGACAGAACACUUACAUUUGUCAAUGGAGAGGAUGACUUAGACUUUUUGUGCGAUGACUUCAAGUCUCUCAGAGCAAAGAUGUCCUGUGGUCAUGCUGUCACUCCGAUGUCUCUCACCAACUGGUGUCGCAGGUUGCUGGAUAAGGGUGAGUACAGAUUUGUGUGUGGCAAACCUGACUGUGAUAUUGAGUGGCCAUAUGAGGAGGUUUGUAAAAUGGCUCUUCUAACCAAAGAAGAAAUGAAGUACUUUGAAAAGAAAAUGUUCCGUAACACUGCCAAGGAUUACUUGAAUGUCAAAUUUUGUCCUGGCUGCAAGUCUUGUGUGGUGAGGGCUGAUCUCAGUGAUCUGGGUGUCGAGUGCACAAAGUGCACAGCUGCCAAAAGAAGACCUUUCAGAUUCUGCUGGCAGUGUUUGAGGGAAUGGAAAGGUCCGGCUCCACGUUCAGACCGCUGUGAAAAUGAUGGCUGCGUCAAUGAGCCAUUAGAAACACUGAGAAACUGUCCAGAUAUCGUCUUUGAGUCUGUGAAGGGCGUCACUGGCUGUCCCUGCAUCCGUGCCUGUCCCACCUGUGGUUUUCUGGUGGAGCAUAACAGAACUCAGUGUAAAACCAUCGUCUGUUCUCGCUGUAAGGUGAAGUUCUGCUUUGUUUGUCUGCAGUUCACUGAAGAGUGCCUGAAGCGCAACGCAUACAAACUUUGCCCCACUGGUGUUGCACCGAGACAGACCUCGAUACCUGAGUGGCAGAAAAAGUUAUUUUAUAAUGUCAAUCAUCAUAACUGAUGUUACUCAGACAGGAUCUCAACCCCACACCAACUUUUAGUAGUAGUUAUAAAGCUUUAGACCUCUUUUGUACCAUCUUUCCAUAAUUGGAACAUUUUACAUAGACAACUAAGUUUAUUCUGUUUUUCACUUUGCUGGAUUUUAUUUAGCUUCUUUAAUGUUAUCACAAUGUUUCAGUGUGUCAUCAUUCUGAUCUCCAUAAUAUCUUUAUUCAGUCUGUUCAUUUCACAUAUUAUUGUUUAUUUUUAAGUUAUGCUCCUUUGUUUAUUCUCCCAAAACAAGACCUUUUUAAAGCAUAAUGUACUUAAUACUAACAAGGAAAGCACAGCCUGACUUGUGAUUGAAGCAGGAAACUAACAUUGUCUAGAGGAGCAAUGUCAGUGUGCAGACACUACCUUUCGUCAGGGCACAAAACCAAGCUCAGGUAUCUUUGUACUGUAGAGUUAAAAAGACAGCUAAUAGAAAAAAAUUAUAAUAUGAAUAAAUGUCAAAUAUGUUUAUCAAAAGUGCUGUGAGUAGUUUUGUCUAACUUAUAAAUAUCAUUGGCACAUUAAUUUGUAUAUAUUGAACCUUGUUAUUCUUAGAAAUUGUUGAUGUGUGACAAACACACAUAGCAAUAACAUCUUUUUUACUAUUGGCCCCACUC